AUGCCAAGCAAGAGGGCAGGCAGACGACAUUCCAGGGAGGGCAACCACCAGCCAGCCGAGAAGGUGAAGCCAGGGCAGGAAUAUCAUCUGGGCUACUUCUCUUCAGGCCCAGUGGCGCCUAGUCCGAUCUACAGUCCCCUCCAUUCCUUCGACUUUCCAUCGGUCCCCUAUUCCCCAGAACACCCACCCUCUGCAGCGCCCCUCUUCCCUCAUCCUCCCCAGCUGCUAUCCCCCAUCAAGUCCAGCCCCCCCCUCCUCCCCAUCGACAUUCCCCCCCUUCCGGACCGGCGGCCACCCAAGCCCUACGAGGAGGGCAGCCAGCCCCAGGACCCUCGGCCGCAGCCCAUCUCGGCCAGACUCACUGCCCGCCUGCAGGAACUCUUCGGUAGCGCCUGA